AUGGUCCCGCGCCCUUCGCCUCCCAGGGCUCCGGCCGCCGCCCGGGGCUCGGGGCUGCCAGGAGUCCUGGGUCCUCCGCCGCUGCCGCCUCCCCCGCCUGGGCUCCCGCCGCUGCUGCUCGCGCCACCGCCGCUGCUCCUGCUCCUGCUGCUUCUCCUCCUGCUGAGUACGCCGGCCGCUCCGUGCCCCUAUCAGUGCUACUGUUUUGGGAGCCGGGAGACAAUACGCUGCAGCCACAUCGUCCUACAGGAACUGCCCCGCGACCUGCCCGCCGACGCGCACAACCUCAGCAUCGUGGGCUCCAACCUGACGGUCCUGCGCGCCGCCGCCUUUGCCGGGGAGGAGCUGCCCACGGCCGAGGGCAAUAGCAGCGGCGGCGGAGGCUGGGCAGUACGUCUGGCCAACCUCACAUCCCUACUGCUCAACAAAGACAACAUCCAGGUGGUGGAGGACGGCGCCUUCUGGGGCCUGCCCCGCCUGACCUCCCUGGACCUCAGCUACAACCCGUUGGGCGUCCUGGGUGCCGCUGCCUUCCGUCUACUGCCCGCCCUGAGGGUCCUCAGGCUCAAUGCCGCCGUACGCGGGCUUGGUGAGCAACUGGACGCCGCCAUCCGCGGCCUGGCCACCCUGCGCCGCCUCGAGCUGCAAGCCAAUGAGCUGACCCACCUGCCGCCCUCCGCCCUGGAUUUGGCCCAACUAGAACUGCUGGACGCGCAAAGCAACGCGCUGACUGGGCUGGCGCCGGUUGAACUGCGCGCGUUGGGCAGGGAGACCCAGGGGACCCCGACGGCUCCGGGCCCUAGAGGCCUGAGCGUGUGCCUAGCAAAAAACCCCCUGCUCUGUGACUGUGGGGUGCGGGCGCUUCUGACCCUACUCAACAAGGCCCCCUGGCAGGUGCCUGACGCGCGCAGUCUGCGCUGCGCCGCGCCCCUGACGCUCCAAGGCGUUUCUUUACUGGCCUUGAACGAGUCAAAGCUGAGCUGCGCCCAGGGUCCCCCAGAAAAGGAGGAAGGGGAUGAGGAAGGGAAAAGAAGGGGGAAAGAGGAGGAGGGGCCGGAGGGGAAUGAGGAGGAGGGAACCGAGGGAAGGGAUGAGAAAGGGCAGACGGGUACUGGGGAGGAGUUGGAAGCGUCCUACGUCUUCUUCGGCAUCGUUCUGGCGCUCAUCGGUGUAGUCUUCCUUAUGGUCCUCUACUUGAACCGGCGAGGCAUCAAGCGCUGGACGCGCAACCUGCGCGAGGCGUGCAGGGACCAGAUGGAGGGCUACCACUACCGCUAUGAACAGGACGCCGACCCCCGGAGGUCUGGCACCGCCAGCUCGUCUGGCACCCUCUGA